UCUGCUUACCAAAGUAAGGGACUUUCAUUACCUCAACAAAAAUCUUACACAAAUGGGUUUUGGUUUUACUGUCUAAAAUGGAACACAGAGUUUUAUAGAAAGACAAAACUGAAACGGAAAGUGAGACUUAAAGUAAAAGGAAAUUGCAAUCGAGAGCCAGCUGAUUAAGAUAUUUUGCAGGUAACUGGAGCGCCGAGCAUACGUUUCUCAAAGGCAUAAAGCUGAUUAUUUUCUCCAGUUGCUGAAAGAUCUCUGAGCCAUAAAGCUGAAAAUUAAACCUUUUUCUUGAGAUUUGUUGUUCCCCAGAUUCUCUGACACUUCUUUAACCUUAAAGUUCGUCGCUUUUUCUUGCAAGAGCUCUUCUGAGGUGGAUCUGGAUUCUGGGUAAGGAACUUGAUCAAAAGCCCUCAUCUUUUAUGAUAUAUAUGAAUUAAAAUGGCUGAGGCUGUGAUUGUGGCUGAUGUCAAGGGUCAGACCAGUGACUCUGUUUCAAAAAAGGUGUUGAUUGAAGAAGAGGAAGAUGUGAAGAAACCGCUACAAGAAAAUGAUUCAAGAAUGGACAAAGAUGGUAUUAGCUGCAGUAGUAACAUUGCAGCUCAUGCUGUUCAUGAGGAAGUUGCGGAUAAUGUUAGUGCGGUAAGCUGCAACGAAGCAGAGAGUGAUACUUCGAAAGCAAAGGCGAAGGAGUUCCACACUAUUGAUUUGAGUGGUGGAGGAGAAAGAAUCUGCAGGAUUUGUCAUUUUGGUUCUGAUCAAUCACCUGAGGCUUCUGGUGAUGAUAAGUCAGUAAGUCCGGAGUUGAUUGAGAUUGGUUGCAAAUGCAAAAACGAGCUUGGCCUUGCACAUUUCCACUGCGCAGAAGCUUGGUUCAAGUUAAGAGGGAACAGUGUGUGUGAAAUCUGCGGUUGCACAGCGAAGAAUGUUACAGUAAGGUUGAUGGAGGAUUGGAGCGGCGAAAGGGACAAUACAUUGGAAGGGAGAAGAAGACGAGGAAGAGGACAAUCUUGCUGCAUCUUCAUGGUUUUUCUGCUCACUAUCUAUUUGCUUCAUUGGUUUUUCAAAAAGAUUAGCGGUUACUACCAAAACACUUGAAUAAAGUAAAUCUGUUGGUCAUUUUAUCAUUCGAUUCUGACUCUAGACUAUAUGGAAAAGAGAUGAUAGAAUCCAAGUUCUUAGAUCAAACUCUGAUUCAUAAUCUAACCGAUGGACAAUUUAGAGUU